AUGGCCACUUAUGUGUCAAUGUGCCGUAAAAUAGAUAAACAUACAUUAAAGGGAGUCCCUGCUCGUUGUUAUUGCAAAGAAAGCCAUGAGAGCAUCACGUAUGAUCAGAAUAAGGAAUGCCAGGAAAUCGUCAACUCGUUGAAUGCUUUAGUGGAGGACUUUGUUUGUGCGCUACUAGAUGGAAAAAUAUGCGUCAAACUGCUGCAGACCAUGGAGAAUCAUAAGGAUGUAUUGUUUCAACUUUGUGACGGCCUGCAAUUUAACACUGAAAACAUCAGAGUCGCACUUUCAAAAAGGAGAGAAGAGUUGAAUGCUUUCUAUAGAAUAAGAGCGACAUUAGAAGCUCUUAAAUUAUUUUGUGAUGGCGUUGAUGAAGUGCAAGUCGACAUGGAAGAUGUUGAAGAUAUUCUUAAGAAAAAUGUUGAAGAAAGCGCAUUGAAUGAAUUGGUGAUAGUGCAAAAGCUGGCGGACAAGUCAGAAGAAAUGACCCACAAUGUUCAAAUCAAUGUCAAAAGCUUAAACGAAGAGGUAAUACAUAUGAUUAUCUGUCUUGAAGAAUUGAAGAAGAGUGGAUGUUUCACUGCGCAAUGGAAGCGAUUGAUCUUGGAUUUACACAGACAGACUUCUCUCAGCCUCAAUGAUCUAUAUCAACAUGUUUAUUUACCGUCAGUUGAGAGAUUGAAAGAAAAGGCAAAACAAAUUUCCUCAGGUGAAAUAGCUUACAUUGACAUGGAAGACUUUGUCGGAAAUAUUUGCGGGAGGAAUUACGACACAAUCUUCUUCGAGCUUAAAACUGUUUGUCCUGAUUUAUCUCCUAAAGUUCUGAGUGAACGCAUUCAACAGUUUAAACAAUGCAGACAGAUCAGAGUAGUUACUGAAGUGGCAUCUGCCUUAUGCAAAGUCAAAGAUGUCUAUGGACUUUCUGGAAACUUUAGUGUCGUCGAACAUUUCAAAAACUACGACAUCAAAACUUUAACUCUGAGUUCAGCAAAAGAGGAAAUACUGUUAAGCAGUCGAGACUUGUACCAUGUAACAAAAGAGGGAGCAGCAUGUCUAGAAGCCUUUGCAAAUUGUGCUGAUCUUAUAUCAUGGCUCCGUAUCAUUAUUAAAGGUGGCAUAAAAGAGCUGAACACUUUUGUAGAAAUGGGAAUGACAUAUGCUGGGGAUGACACAGAGAAAAUUAGCAGAGUUCAAAGUUUGGCUGUUGCAGUAAAUGGAUAUGCAACUCUCAUUUUUGAAAUAAAAAAAACAAGCGGUUACAAAGAAGUACUGAAAGCAUGUGAUUCUGUGUUUGAGGAGUUAAAAAACACACCAAAAUUACCAGAAAAACUAGAAUAUGCUCAACGUUAUCUCCACUGGUUCAAGGAAAUAAAACAAGCACAUGGUGCCGUGGAAGUUUCUUCGUUUAUGCAAGCAGAGAAUAUAAAUGAAUGUGGCGUUUAUCAGAUUGGUACAAAAGUGUGGAAAGCAUUUGGGGGACAGGGUUGUCAAAUUUCCCUUGCGGAGUUUUCGGAUAUCAAAAAAGUCUUAAAACUGACAUUAGCUAUGGAUGAAGGAAGCAACCGUGAAUACACAUAUGAUAAACUACAAGAUCUACAAAGUAGAUUAAUGCUAGAUGCAGGUGAAGCAGAAAAGAGCAAGAUCAGCGUAGAGCGCUUUAACAAGCAUGCUAACCAAUGCUUAUUAUUUCGGUUCGUUUGUAGAUCUUAG